UAUCCAAACUCUCCUAACCAAUUUCCUUCCCACUUCCCCCCAUCUAUUUUAACUCACGUGCUCUCACUUUCUUACUUACUUUAUUUGUAUAAAUAAUCCCUCUUCUUUAUUAUUCAAGACUUGCUUUCUCCUUCAAUAUUUUGCUUUUUCCCUCUUCAAUGGCACUCGUUAGAGAGCGUAGACAAUUAAAUCUCCGUCUUCCUCUACCCGAUAAAUCUCUACGCCGCCCCACUUUUCCUUUACCUCUCCCACCUUCUUCAACCUCCGCUGCUUCUAACCCUUCUAACCCCUCCGCCGCCACCAAAGCCGCCGCCGAUUCUCUCUCCGACUUUUCUAAACACUCUGUUUUAGGCAGUGGAAAUGGUGGUACUGUUUACAAAGUUACCCAUAAACUAAAAGGCUCCGUUUACGCUCUUAAACUUAUAUCCUCUGAUCCUAACCCUACUCUUUUACGUCAAGUCUGUCGUGAGAAAGAAAUCCUUCGCCGUAUGAUCUCCUCUGACUCUCCCUACAUCGUUCGAUGCCAUCGGAUAUUUGAUCAGCCUGAUGGUGAUAUUGCAAUUCUUAUGGAGUACAUGGACUGCGGUACCCUGGAUCAUGUCCUUAAAAAACAGGGUACUUUCUCUGAAAGUUUAUUAUCAAGCGUAGCUUACCAAAUCCUUAAUGGGUUGAAAUACCUUCAUUCACAUAAAAUUGUUCAUCGAGAUAUCAAACCUUCGAAUCUUCUAGUAAAUUCCAAGUGGGAAGUGAAGAUAUCUGACUUCGGUGUGGGCAGGAUCAUGGGACGAACAUUAGAUCCGUGUAAUUCAUAUGUGGGUACUUGUGCUUAUAUGAGUCCAGAAAGAUUCGAUCCGGAUACGUAUGGUGGGAAUUAUAAUGGUUAUGCAGGUGAUAUAUGGAGUUUAGGUCUUACUUUAAUGGAAUUAUUUUUGGGUUAUUUUCCAUUUUUAUUACCCGGCGAAAGGCCCGAUUGGGCUACUUUGAUGUGUGCUAUUUGUUUCGGAGAUCCGCCUGUUUUACCUGAAGGUCGUGGGUCGGAGGAGUUUCGGAGCUUUGUUAGUUGUUGCUUACAGAAAGAAGCUACCAAACGGUGGUCCGCCGCACAAUUAUUAUCACAUCCUUUUAUUUGUAAAAGAAAAUAAUUAGAUCAAGGGAUUACUAUUUACUACUAUUAAUUAGAAAAGUGGUGGUCCAAUAUUUGUUUAUUUUUGUUUUUCGGGUUGGCCCGAGUUUGUGUAAGGGUCAUUUUGUGGGAGCAGGUGAUAGUUUUGUAUAUAGUUAUUCCCACUUGGAUGGGGAGGCUACUUGGGCGAUUAAAAAGUACUUCGUUAAUGAAAGGUGGAUAGGUGGUUCUCCUAUCUUUGUCAAAUGAAA